UGUUUUUUCCGAACAGAUUAAUAAGAAUGUGUACACAAUAAUACAUAUAUGGGAGUAUAAUAUUUUAAUUCUGGUCUCCCAUUUAUAGUUUUACUUUUUGGCGCGAUUUUGUGGUGUGCGUGGAAGGAUACGCUGCGACGAGGUAGUACACUGAAAUUAGUCUCUCUGCCACACCCACCGAUCUGAAGUACAAUGUGUGAGCCGGUAUGGUAGAUUAAACACGCACAAGACUUUCAGUGCUUCUAGGCUAGGCUGCAGAAUAAUCGCAGUAAUUUAACCCGAUUUAAUCUUAUUGGAAUUCAUCAAGACACGCGAAAAAACACAUUCACAGCCCCUCCAAGAAUUAAGAUACUGCUAAAAUGUUGCAGAGUUUUUCUCAGGCGCAAGACUGGUUUUACUCGGAGCCUAUUUUGUUUGACGAUGAAUUCUGCCAGAGCUUGAUGAGGGACCUACAGGCGCUCCCCACGCCACCACAGUCCCCUCCGAUGAAGGCUGGACUAAAUGACAAGCCGCUCUCCAAAGAGGACCAGUUGAGCUACGUCUCGGACAUACUCCUGGAAGAUCAAGACCCGCAACUAAAUUGGAAUUGUGACUUUUUGUAUGAUGGCAGUGGGACCGCGACAAAAGACCAACAGCCAGAGGAGUCCGACGACUGUUUGUGGCAUUGCCUCGGGGAUAAGUCUACAGAGAAGUUAUCGUCUGUUCUAUCCAGCAGCCCUCUGCUCUCGGAUAUAGACACAAGCAUUUUCGAGGAAAUUGCCGGCUCCACACUGAACUGCCACAGCGUGGCGCUAGCGUGCCAAGCUUUGGAGAAUGAGGAUUUACUAUUAGAUAGCCAGGACAGUCACGACCAAGGCAGCGAGUCGACAUCAGAUUACGGCUCUGCUGGAGGUGAAUUCUCUACUUAUUCGAGCAGUGCCAGCGAUUCUGAGGAGGAGAUAGAUGUGGUGACAGUGAAGAGGACAUCCAGCUCCUCCUCUUCCCAGUCAGUAGAGGAGAGCCGGCGACAGCAACGAGCUCUAAAGCGCCAACACCUGGAGAUCCAGCUCCAGCACAACUACGCCGCCCCCUGCCCUGCAUCACCCCUCCGCACAGAGUCCUCAUCCACCACCUCUGGAUCCCACUACAAGCGCUCCCGGGCAUCCGACUCACACAGGCAUCACCACCACAGCUCGACUGGCCACUCGUCCCGGCACCACCACGGCAGUCAGAACCAUCAGUCCAGCUCCUCCAAGCAGUCGGCAGACGUGGAGGACGAGGAGGAGAGGAGGCACACCCACAAUGUGAUGGAGAGACAGCGGCGCAACGAGCUAAAGAACUGCUUCCUGCGGCUCAGGGACAACGUGCCUGAGCUGUCCAACAACGACAAGGCGUCCAAGGUGGUUAUUUUGAAGAGGGCACGCGACAGCAUCCGUGGCCUCGAGCUUGAGGGACAAAGACUGAACGACAAGCGAGACAAGCUCAGAGAACGCCAGGAACAGCUUAAAGUUAAACUGGAGCAGCUCAGGAGGUAAUGGUGGGCCAGAGAAGAUGGGCACUAAACAAAGCUAAGACAUUUCAGUUGACCGGUUUGAAAAGGCCCGUCUGAUUUUCCAAGACUUGAUGCUGCACACCCUCAAAGCAUGUCGACAACUACCCCCUGCGGUAAAUGUUCAAGAAGAAGUGAAAGUGGCUGAGUCGGUGUGUUGUUAGAUUAAAUUGGAGCAACAGGUCCACGGUCAGCACAGUAGAAUGUUUUAUUGUCCUAGCGAUUUGCCAAAGUCAUUGUUCAUAAAGUAGCCUACUGACAUCUUAUGUUGUAGAGUGAGCUAUAUUAAACUGAGCAAAAAUUUGUGAAACAUGAACCUUUCCACAUUCCCCCAUAUGUUAGGAACUUUGUUCUCCCGCUCCUGUUUUGUAUUUUGGGCUGGAUCCAAAGUUUCAAUUCGUAUUAGGGGUUGGUUAUGUAUUCCACUUGUUGCCAUUCAUUGCAAAACAAUUGUCUUAACACGUUUUUAUUCGACUUCCAUUUAUUCACGUGAACUUUAAAGAUCUGACCUGUUAGUAGGAAUUUGGUGUGUUGUAAGGCAACACAUUUCACACAUUGAAGCUCUUGUUGUCAAUGCCGUAAAAAUGUUUUAUGUUUCAGUUUUAAAGCAUGAUUUCAUUUACCUACCUCGACCCAGGUCUUAUCCUUGACAUGUUUGCUCUCGGAAGCACUCGUAUAGAUUUCUCUGUACAUAUUAUUCUUGUAAUAUGUGUCAUAUAAAUUAUUUUAGUUUUUUUUUUUCUUGUUUCAUUUGCAAGUAAAUUGUUCUGUUUCGUUGGCAGCACUUUGUUUUUUAUAAUGCAAUAAAAAAAAUGGACAAGAA